AUGUCUGACGAUAGCAGCCAACAAGGCCUUUUUGGAACGAGAGCUCGUUUCGUCGUUCUUCUUCUCGUCGUGCUUUGUCUCACUUCCGUUUGGUCAAACAUUCUCACCUUUAAUUUCGCUGUGAUCUGCAUGAAUCCAGAAGUUGAUGAACUUGAGAAAGCUCAUAUUUCACGAAGAGACGCUGAUGAUUCGGAUGAGGAUGAUUUUAGGAAAAAUUCGACGAUAUUUAAUGAUACGAUAAUUGACAAAAUGAUGAAGGAAAGGAUCAGCUUCACAUCACAACAGCAAACUUAUGCUAUUUCAAUAGUGGCUGUUGCAGCGAUUUUGGCAAAUUUUCCAGUGAUUUUUCUCGUCAAUCGAUUCGGAGUCCGGAGAGUCUUUGGGAUUGGUGGUUUACUGUCCGCGAUCACAACGAUUUUGAUCCCUUUUGGAAUUCGGUUCGGUUACCCAUAUUUCCUCGCUCUCCGCUUUCUCCAGGGACUCGCUUUUGCUGCAAAUUUGCCGGCAAUUGGAGCUUUUUGUGCACGAUGGGCUUACCACAAACAGAAUGGUCUAUUUAUUGCCUCAACUGUUGCUUAUCUCCAAUUGGCGCCUGGAUUCACGAAUCCAAUUUCUGGGCCAAUUUGUGAACAUCUCGGUUGGCCAUCUGUUUUUUACCUCCACGGAUGUGUCGGCUUGGUUCUUUUUAUUAUUUAUGGCUUUUUCUACCGCAACAACCCCGGGAAACAUCCAUUUGUUGGCGACAUCGAAAAAAAUAAAAUUGGACGCGAAAAACCCAUUCAUGAAGGUAAAAAGGCAGCUCAGCGAGUCCCCUAUGGGGCGAUUCUUUCAACUCCAGCGAUUUGGGCUGUCUGGAUUGCGGCAAUCGGCAGUUUCUCCGUUGUCAAUCUCAUCUUUCUCUACUCGCCCACUUAUAUGAGCAAAGUCUUGGGCUACUCGAUCUCACACAGUGGCUUCACAUCAGCAUUGGGACCACUUGCUCAAGCUGCAAUGAAAGUUUCUGUUGGUGGAGUGAGCGACAAAAUUCGUUUCAUGAGUGAAGUCAACAAAUUGCGAAUGUUCAAUUCGAUUGCUAUCUUCGGCAGUUUCUUUUUUCUAAUCGUUCUCUCGUUUGUUGAUCCAAAAUAUUCGACGAUUUGCGUUCUGUUGUUUGGUACAGCGAGUGGAAUUAUCGGGGCAAAUACAGGCGGAUUCUUUCGAGCGGCACCGAUUCUCAGUAAACAAUACAGUCAUUUUGUCACUGGAAACAUCUCACUUGCAAUCACAGUGACAAUGGUGAUUGUCCCAUUCAUUGUAAAUGCAAUCGUAAAAGAAAAUCGUGCGGAUGAGUGGAGAAUGGUUUUCUGCAUUCUUGGUGGAUUUAUGGCAAUCACAAAUGUCAUUUUUGUUCUUCUUGUCAAGGGAGAGCCGUGUGAAUGGACUGAGUCAAAUCCACACAAAAACAUCAUUUCUCCGAUAAAAACGAUUCCAAAAGAAAUGGAAUCAACAACAGAAUCUGCUUUUUCACAUGUUGAUCACAUGGAAAAUGAUCAUCAGAAAAAAGUUUUCUCGGUUUUAAAUUACAGUAAU